AUGAUGAUGAACGAUGAUACUGAGCGGAAGCUCGCACGCACGCUCUUGAUGGAGUUGAUGGUGUACCAGUUUGCCUCCCCUGUGCGAUGGAUCGAAACCCAAGAUGUGAUUGUGUCUCGCACAGAGACCGAGCGCAUCAUUGUGGUUGGUCCAAGUGCAACGUUGCUGGGUAUGUUGCGCAAAACCAUCGACACAACCCAUCCAACCAAAGAAUGUACUUUGCCGGCACCGCGCCAGCUCCUCCAUUCCGAAAAAGACAUGGACGACAUCUACUACACCGGGGAGCCAAAUCAACUAAAUCCAGUGGAGACACAGACACAGAAGGAAACACAGAUGUUACCACCAAACCCGGAGGCAGCCCUGCUGGCUCCCACAGUCACCAUGGAGGUGACAACGACAGCCCUGCCCCCAAAAGUGCACAUUAAAGUCAUCGAUAUCGAGGAUCAAAGCAUCCAGGCGCAAGAUAUCUUAUUCGCAAUUGUUGCCAGAGCGCUCAAGCGAUCGGCAGCUGAAAUUGAUGGGAGCAAGUCUAUCAAGGCUCUGGCCGAAGGAAAAUAUUUCGACAUUCCCGUCGAAUUUGGCUUGUUGCCGGACCGCGCUGAGGACUUGCCGCUCGCCCAAGUUGGGCCAGAAAUCCAGUCGAGCCAUAAAGGUGGCCUGGGGAAGGUCACCACCGCCAUGAUCAACAGCCUAUUCACCGCAAAAAUGCCCAGCAACUUCACUGUUGCCACUGCUCGAGAGCAGCUACACACCCAGUGGGGACUUCAAUCGGGUUCACAAGACGCAUGUUUGCUCUGCGCCGUCACCAUGCAACCCACCAGCCGAAUCGCCGCUGAAUCCGACGCUCGUGACUUUAUUUCGCGUGCCGUCGAUGUAUAUGCCAAACGGGAAGGGUUAACGCUUCUUCCACCUGAGGCAUCGCAUGUUAGUGGCGCGGCCAUUGGAGUCACGAUGGAUCCAGAAGCGGUCCGAGCCCUGACCGAAUCCCAAGAUGCCUUGUCGAAGCGCUUGCUCGAGAUCUAUGCCGCCCAUUUAGGGGUGGAUCUGGAGGCGGAUCGACAGGCGUUGGAUAGCCUGCGCGACGAGAUAGCCACCGGACUUCAAGCCGACCUCAAUCUCUGGCAUGCAGAGCAUGGUUCGGACUAUGCCCAGGGUAUUCGACCACGGUUUGAUGCCAAAAUGAUCCGGAGCUAUGAUUCAGCGUGGAAUUGGGCACGCCAAAGUCUGUUGGAGCUGUUUGAUCUUACAUCAACCGUCGCAGACACCAGCAUGCUAGAUCGAGCUGAGGUGGUGAAGAGGUGCUAUCACAUUGCAAACGCAUCGGACAAGACGAUCUUGCCGGUGUUGGAUGAGAUGAUUUCUCAAUUACAAGAUCGCUCUCAGUUGCGACCGAUCUUUCAGACACUGAAAGACAAUUGUACGGAUAGCUUGCUGUCGGGACCAGCAAUCAAAGGUGCUCCCCGGCAAAUGGCGCGCGUCACAACGAUGGAUGACCAAGGGAGCCUGCAGUAUCAGGAACAACCCCGGACAGAGGUAUCACGCUUUGCCGACCUCGCCAUGCCAAGAUCGGGACCGGCCGGAAACCCUCUAGUCGCAACUGAACCAUACCUGCAUCUGAAAAAGCGAUCAGCAUCCAGAUGGGAGUACUCCGCGGAGCUGACCCGUCAUCUUUACCAGGCUCUCCACGAAGUGGAAACACAAGGUGAUUCUCUGAGUGCCCAAACGGUGUUGAUCACAGGGGCUGGAAUCGGGUCUAUCGGAGCCGCCAUGAUUAUGCAUUUCCUCCAAGGGGGAGCACGAGUGCUUGUCACAACCUCUUCGAUGUCUCCACAGGUAGCGCAAAAGUAUCAAGCCCUCCACGGCACGUUCGGUGGGGAUGGCCUCUAUAGUGAAUCGAAGCUGGCCCUUGAAACGCUCUUUAACAGCUGGUAUUCAGAGAACUGGCAGGACUAUCUCUCCAUUUGUGGCGCCGUCAUCGGUUGGACGCGUGGCACGGGACUGAUGAAUCAGAAUGAUCUCGUGGCUGAGGGAAUCGAGAAGGCCGGAAUGCGGACUUUUUCUCAGGAGAUGGCUUAUGCACUGGUUUGCCUCUGCGUCGGCCCGAUGUACGAGCUCUGCCAGGAAGCACCGGCCAGCUGCGACAAGAACCUCAAGGAUCGCAGUGAGAUUCAAGCCGCUUUAUUCCAAGAGGAUAAGAUCGAGGCGGAGUGGUCGAGCCCGGUAGCACAGGCAGCAGCUGUAUCUGAGCUAGAACAUAGAGCGCAUGUCCGGCAGGACUUCCCUCGGGUUCAAGAAUACGAUCGCGACAUCGCACCUCUCAGCGCGGACAUGCAGGGAAUGGUAGAUCUGCACCGCACGGUUGUAGUCAUGGGUUUUUCUGAACUAGGACCGCAUGGCAAUGCCCGCACACGAUGGGAAAUGGAAGCCCAAGGAAAGUUUUCCCUAGAGGGCGCUAUCGAAAUGGCGUGGAUGAUGGGUUUCAUCACUCACUUCUCUGGAAAAAUGUUCAACGGUCGAUUCACCGGGCAGGAAGUCCAGAGUGACAUCCUACAAGAGACGUUUGUCAAUACUAUCAGUGCCUGGGUCAACAUGCUGCUGCUAUCAGCCAGUGGUCCCAUACGAACCCCAGUUGGAGCCUGCGCGACCGCCGUGGAGUCCCUAGAGUUGGGCUAUGACACGAUUGUGACUGGAAAGGCCAAAUUCUGCCUCGUUGGGGGGUGUGAUGACUUCACAUCGGAGACCUCAUAUGAAUUUGCCAACAUGAAGGCGACAACCAAUUCCCUCGAUGAGAUUGCGCGAGGCAGAGCGCCUAGCGAAAUGUCGCGACCAACCACCACGACUCGUAAUGGGUUUAUAGAAUCACAAGGCUGCGGCUUGCAGGUCCUGACUACUGCCGAUUUGGCGCUGAAGAUGGGGCUCCCGAUCCGCGGCAUUGUUGCUUUUGUGAGCACCUCCAGUGAUAAGGCUGGCCGCUCUGUCCCAGCCCCAGGGCAGGGUGUGCUAGUCAACGCAAGGCGCACAACGUCAGCGUCAAACAUUCCUUCUCCUUUGCUAAAGAUGAGUAAUCGCCAUCGUCUCAACUUCCGACGUAAGCAGAUCUCUGAGGCCCGGGCAGUGGCGCUCGAUCAGCUUGAUUUCGAAGUGAAUGUGGUACUAGAACAAGACCCUGGAAUUGACGUGGUCACGUAUCGCCAGGAACGCCACGAGCAGAUCCUAGGAGACUUCCUCCAAGAAGAGCGAGAUGCUCAGUAUUCGCUGGGUAAUGAUUUCUGGCGCCACGACUCAUCUAUCGCCCCGCUGACCGGGGCCCUCGCGACCUGGGGUCUGACCAUCGACGACCUGCGGGUGGCUUCGUUCCAUGGCACGUCCACCAUGAUGAACGAUAAGAAUGAAUCCAGCGUCCUCCAGCAGCAGCUGACAGCACUAGGGCGACGUAAUCGCAACGCCGAUAAUAUCGACUCGGCUCUACAGCAGUAUGACCUGAUUGCUUAUCUGAAUCGGCCAGUGCACGUGCCUGAUCUCAAGGCUGUGUCGAUCACCUCAUUCGGCUUCGGGCAGAAAGGCGCGCAGGCCAUCUGCGUGCAUCCCCGACUGAAGUUCUCAUCUAAUGAGCAAAGUUGA